AUGGCAUCUAGUGAGGAAUAUCCUUCGCCAUUAGGAAAUCUACCACUUCAGUCGUCGGCUAAACGGAUUUCCAAAGCUCGUAAAUCUUGUUCCGGAGAUCACCAAAAUUGCAGUCCGGUUAGAAAAAAUCAUAUUGACGACUCAAACAGCAUUAUCUUCACUCCUUCCAUUGAUAGUCGAGAACUUGAUCGUCUAAAAUUCACUAACCCAGGUAGACAGAUGGAAGAACUAGAAGUCGGUUGGUCCGAAGCAAAUAUGACACGGAGUGUUCGCAGACAAAUGACCGUUAAAUCUGGUCACAAAUCAUCAGAUCGGUUGCAUCCGUUAUACGAUUCUCGUGGCCGCCUUUUAGGAACUUUAGAAUAUAAUUGUGAUUGCCUAAAAUCUGAAUGUCCUGGGUGCCAUUUGCCAUGUCGUAGGUGCCAUUCUACGUUUUGUGGAGCAUCAUGUCGAAUUUAUCGAACUUAUCGUGUUAAUGAAGUAAGUUCCUAAUCGUUUCAUAUUAACGUUUUCUUCAUCCGUUGAAAGGUUAUGUUAUUCAAGUUAUUACAAUUUUUAAUACUCUUUUCUAUUAAAUUGUAUUGGAGAGAAGUCUGAUGUUCGUGGAUUUAUCUUCGUCCACAGUUCGUUUGCUAUCGGCAGUUUGAUAGUUGACGUACUCGGAGCUUAGCCUUUUGGCUACAGACGUGGAACCCACCUCAGCUACUAUAGAUCGUAUCACAAAAAAUAUCCCAAUACCUUACAGAAAUUUGUAUUCGAAAGGGGAAUUGCAGGAACUUGUAUUUGAUUAUUGAGUUCCAUUAAUAAAAUUUAUCUUUAUGUAAAUAUCAUUUAGUUAAUACAACUGUUAGUGACAUUAAUGGUUUAAAAUACAGUGCAGUCGUGAUCGGAAUUUCUCUAAUUGAGUUGUAAAGUAGAUAAAACGUAUCUUAAAGAAGCAGAGAAAACUGGGUUGCACGCUUCUUUGUGGGAUUUAGGCUACCCUUAUAAGUAACCUUCAAAAGAAGUCCUUUAACAGCAGAUGAAUAUCUUCCCAUCGCCUGGUUUAUCAACAUAUAUUUCAAUCGUAUCACUGGUUUUAUUGUGUAAUAAAAUCGAUUGAUAAUAAAUAAGCCUUGCUUAAAACUAACAACGUUUAUCUUGUGGUAGUUUAUUGAUAUACUGGAUGACAGUUUUGAAAGUGAAAAGUCAUUGUAUUGACUACUGAACUCAAUUUUGAAAAUAAUUUCUGUUCACAUGUGUUUUUUCACACCCGAUGAUGUUUUGAUUGUUGGGAUUUAGAGUGUGAGCUAUUUUCUAUUGUUUAUAACUUGAUAUUUCUGUUUGACCUGAAAUUUCAAAUUAACGUAUCUUCAUUUCAAUGUGCAUUAAUUGUCCAAAUACUCUAAUAUUCACAAUCAUUUUGUUAUGAAAGUAUUGAGUUAGUUACUAGUUGUGAAAUUCAGAGGAUACUGUAGGUUCAUCUCGUGAUAGUACUAAUCGCAAUUCUAAUUUGGGUAUAUUCAGUUGGAAGUGUUUAAGAAGGAUGAUAAGCAUUUCUUAAAUCUAGAUUUAAACCAUAAGCAAAAUAUGUUUUGACUUAUUAUGUUGAACUGAUAUCAUUAUCAUUAAAUUGAAUCUAGUUCAUGCAAAUUUUCCUACUUGGAGGCUAUUGUUUAUGGUCCUGUAGUGACCUGGUCUUUUUGGACUUCAUCAUUGUUACUGACUUCUCUUUCUCUUUAGCUGGAAAAACUAGCAAAUAGCUGUUACGUUGAGACAGUAACUUGAUAAAUUUACAUGUCUGUACUUACCUAUAUUUUUAAUAAAAGUAAAGGAAUAUUAAACAACUAAAUCUUGGUCUCUAAUUCUAUUAGUUACUUUGUAUUUGUUUGAACAGCUAUUUCUCAACUCUUUUAUCCAUGUACGUUUUAGGUGUUUAUACAAAUAUUUGUUUAUUUGUCUAACAAACUAUCUGCUUGUAUUAAUAUAUCAGAUUAUACUUUUUCUAUCCAUUCAAUAUUAUUGCAUUGGAUUGGACGAUUGACCGAUUGAUUAUUUGGAUUAAUAAUAUUCUGAAUAUAAUAAUACUCUUGUCGUCAUUGUGUUUAUACCACUGUGGUUAUUUUUUAAAUUGGAAAUGCAACUAGAAAUCCGAAGUAAUUGAAUACAAAAAGCACGCCCCAUAUAUUUGUGGCAAUGAGUAGAUUUUUUCCAUGUUAAAGAUUACUCCAAAAAUCCUAGCAUUGCUUUUCAAAGCUGAAUGCUACAGUUAAGUACCUUUGUAUUCAAUCCUAAUUUGACAUAUAUAUACAUAUCACAUCGAAUGUCUGAGACAAAAUGAGUAGAUUAUUCCCUCAUGGUUGUUCAACUGAAAAUAACUAAUGAUUAGAAUCACCAUGUGUACUCCCUUUCGUGCUCGUUAAACUGAAACAUAAUUUCUUACAUUUUUUUGUUGAAAAUUACUAACUUUCAAUAAUAACGAUGGACUACUGAUGUACUGACAUUUCGCAAAAUAUAAAAGCUCACUCAUGAGACUCACUAAAAAUUAACAGUUGUUAGAAAACCGUGUUCAUAUUAUCGGAGAACUCUUGCUUCAAAGUUAGCCAUCCCUUAUCAAAUGAUUUAAAUCGCAGUAUGAAGAAAUACCUUGUAUUGUAUUUGACAUCUGGUAUUUCCCUUCAUUUGGAAAAUCGGUUAAACUGUUUAUCUGACUUCAU